AUGCCUGGCGGAAAGGGAAAGUCUAUCGGUGGAAAGGGCGGUUCUAAGGACUCUGCGGGGAAAACCCAGAAGUCUCACAGCGCAAAGGCAGGACUUCAGUUUCCUUGCGGGCGUGUUAAGCGUUUCUUGAAGAACAACACACAAAAUAAGAUGCGCGUUGGGGCCAAAGCCGCUGUUUAUGUCACUGCAGUCCUCGAAUAUCUGACUGCCGAAGUCCUCGAGCUUGCCGGAAAUGCCGCCAAGGACCUGAAGGUGAAACGUAUUACCCCUCGCCACCUACAACUCGCAAUCCGUGGAGACGAAGAGUUGGAUACUCUUAUCCGCGCCACCAUUGCCUUUGGUGGUGUUCUGCCUCGCAUCAACCGCGCUCUGCUGCUCAAGGUGGAACAGAAGAAGAAAAGCAAGCCCGAGGUUUAA